UCGGCGAAUGAAUGGAAGGGUAGCGGGGUUCUUCGUGUACUGUUGCUAAGAGAGCUUCGGCUUGUGUUUCCCUGCGACUGAGAAGAAAAGGCGGCUAUUGUGUCCUCCACAGUAGAACUCAUAACAGCCUUUUUUUUUCUAGCAGGGUCUCCAGAGGGACUCUCUCUCUCUCUCUCUCUCUCUCUCUCUCUCUCUCUCUCUCUCUCUCUCUCUCUCUCUCUCUCUCUCUCUCUCUCUGUGUCUUCCCUACAUCAACCCCCCCACCCCCGGCUUCCAUGAGUGCGUGAUGUCUCUGGGCUCCAUUUAAUUUUUAAAAUUUCAGUCCUCAUAAAUGCACGUCUCUUCCUCCAGCUUCCCCGAACGCCCAUUUUUAUGGUGAAGAUCAAUACAGGCCAUGGUGAAACUGGCUGCCAAAUGCAUCGUGGCGGGUGAUUCAACUGUGGGGAAGACUGCUUUGGUCCAGAUGUUCUGCAAUGAUGGGGCUCAUUUUCAGAAAAACUAUACCCUGACAGUAGGAGUGGAACUAUUGGUGAAGACAGUACCUAUUCCAGGAACAAAUGAUAGCGUGGAACUUUUCCUCUUUGAUUCAGCAGGCAAAGAACUCUUUUCUGAAAUACUAGAUAAAUUGUGGGAACAGCCCAAUGCCCUGUGCCUUGUGUACGAUGUCACCAAUGAGCAAUCUUUCAAUAACUCUGCUAAAUGGCUGGAAAAGCUGAGAAUCCAAACAUCAGGCAUUCAUACUCCAGGUGUCCUGGUGGGCAAUAAGAUUGAUUUAAGUGAUAGGAGAGUUGUAGAGCGCAAACAAGCACAACAGUGGGCAGAAGCAAAUGGCUUGGAAUACUGUGAAAUAUCAGUAAAAGAGAUGGAAAAUUUUGAAGCUCCUUUUCACAUUGUGGCAAAUUCUUUCCACCAAUUGUACAAAGAGAAAAUAGAAAUUUUUCAUUCAUUGGUAUGAGGUGUCCUUAAGUACAAUAUGGUGAAUUAAAAAGAAAACACACUAAUAGGCAAAAUCAUUUGAACAUGGAAAGUAGGUUUUUGUUGUAUGGUCAUUUGCUUUCCAUCAUAGAGAAUUAUAAUUCUUCAACUAUUAUUUCAGAUCUCAUCUGCUUACUGUUUUUCCUGUGAUGGACCUUUUUACAAGAAACAUUGUUUUUGGUUAUCAUUUUUGCAUGAAUUCAGAGUUUAAAUACUGUGAAAUAUUUGACAAAUUUCAUAAGGAGAAAUCUAUCAAAAAUUAACAAACAUACCAUUACUCUGGACAUUUCAACAACCCGGACAAUCUGUUUCUUACAGUUGAGUUAUAUCAGGUAAUUGUUAUUCAGAAAUCAAUAUAAAAGAUAUAUUUCAACUUUAGUUUUCUAAAGGUCAAAAUUCUUAAUCCUUAAAAAGCUUUUCUUUAACUUUUUUUCUGCCAUCUCAAAAUGUCAUUUGGUGGAGUUCUAUUUGAAUGUUAGUAACUAAAACCUUUUUGUUGCCUUUUCUAACUGCAGGGGUACCAAUUAUUUUAAUGCAGGAAAAAGGUUGAGACACCACUUUGUACAAUGUCAUUUAUAGUACUAUAUUCUAAAAACAUUGCAGGUUAAUAGAUCAAUUUUCCAGGGUUUUUUCAUAUCUUACUAUUAUUGUUCAUAUCAUGAAACUAACUGGUGGACUUUUUAACAUCACUAUAAUGGUAUACAAAGAAUCUGCUGGGAAUAAUAAAGAAUGUGUUUAUUUUAAACUGAAA